CUGCAAAGUCGUCAUUAAACCGGCAACGGGAACCCAAUAACGUCAUAGACCGAUUUUGCUCACAAGAACAUCACCAACCACUUUCAGGAGGAACUUUUCUUGCUUACUACGAGAUUAGAAGUUGCAGCAAUGGGAAAUAUUCGGAAUCAAUGCUUCCUGGGAGUGUUUGCGGUAUUGCUUGUGCUUGGGACAAUGACUGAAAAUAUCGAGGCUUCACCAAGUCCAGGAACCAUCCCCACGGAUCCUAAGGGCUGUCCUCUGCUCCCAGCUCCUCAUCCUUCACAAGGCACCGACGAUCCGACAAGAGUCUGUGAAACAGACAAAGACUGCGGAGGUCGCCGAAUUUGCUGUCCAACUGGAGCCUGUUGUGGAACAUACUGCUAUGACCCUCAUCCUGUCACUUCCAAGAGACCCAGAGUGUCUCCUUGGGGUUAAAUCUCUUGGACCAACACCUAUGUGAGGAGAAGUGAAGGACGACUUUCCAGCUCCACUCAGGCUCAUGCAUGCACAUCCAACCUUGCCAUGCAUAUGUCAUGCAUAAAUAAAUAACUUA